AUGGCUCUGUCUGACCUGCCAGAUGCAGAGAGCACUUGGAGCAAUGGAACCCCAGGACCUCCCAUGAUGAAAUCCCAACCCUUGCCCAGCAUAGUCUCUACACCUGUUGCACUUCAAAAGGAGAAUGUCACACCUGCUGCAUCUCAAAAGCCGACCCCAGCUCCAGCUAAACCCCAGAAGGAGGAGAUCCCUGUACCUGCGGCUGGCCAAAAAGAGAUCACUACACCCAGUGUGCCUCAGGAGACACCAAUUCCCGCUGGUACCCCAGCACCAAAUGCAGACAAAAAGGAGGAGACCCCACCACUAGGAUCCACACAAAAUAAACAGGCUUCACCUGCUGUGGCUGAGAAGGAGAAUGAAGAACCUAGAAUUGUACAGAAACCAGUGGACCAACCAAUUCCAGCCACACCCAAAACCAGUGGAGCUGUUGCAACUGUACAGCAGCAAGAAAAGCAAACUCCUGCUACAAAGGCAUCACAACAAGUACAGCCCCAGCAAGCUCCAAUGCCAGACCUCGAAACUGCUCCCCUAAAGGAGCCAAUGACUCCUGCUUCAGAGAAAGAGAAGAAGAACCUAGCACCAGGGUCACCACAGAAGGAGGUAUUUCCGGCAGUGGCUUCACAGCAGGACAAAACGCCAGUGGACAAAUCAACUCCAACCCCUGUCCAACAUCCUCCACACCAAGAGACUCCACAACAACAAGAGCAACAACCUCAGCCUCUAGCAGGGACACCGAAAGGAGAGCCCGGGAAGCCUCAACAACAGCUUCCAAAAGGUGGAGCCUCUCAUGCAAAAUCUGUACCACCACCACAGGCCCAGCCCACCAAGCAGGAGUCAGGAGGCUUCUUUGGCUUUGGUGGUGCUAAAUCUCAGCCUGCUCAGUCAAAGCCUGAAGACUCAGUGUCUGGGAAGAUGCUUGGCUUUGGCUCCUCUAUCUUCAGCUCGGCAUCCACUUUGAUCACCUCAGCUGUUCAGGAUGAGCACCGCACCACACCUCCAGCUUCCCCCAAGGUGUCUAUGACUCCUGCUUUAGUGAAAGAGACCCCAGCACCAGGCUCGUCACAGAAGAAGGAGGUAUCCCCGACAGUGGUUUGCCAGCAGGACCAGAAGUCAGUGGACAAACCGACUCCAACAGUAGUCCAACAACCUCCACAACAGAAGACUCUACAACAACAAGGACAGCCUCCGCAGCCCUCAGCAGAGGCUGCAAAAUCAGAGCCUGAUAUAUCAAUAAUUGAAGCUGCUAAAGCAGCAGACACUCAAAAUCCGGCAAGCCCAGUGCCUGCUCAGAAGGCUCCACUGGAGAACCGGAGAACAUCAGAACCUCAUAAACCACCACAGCAGCCCAUCCCUGGGCGUAGGGAGAGUAGUGCCUUCCCAGCCACAAAGCAACCCCCCAAGCAGGAAUCAGGAGGCUUAUUUGGCUUUGGAGGUCCCAAAUCUCAGUCUGCCUCCUCAAAGCCCGAAGAGUCAGUGUCUGGGAAGAUGUUUGGCUUUGGCUCUUCCAUUUUCAGCUCUGCCUCCACUUUGAUAACCUCAGUUGUUCAGGACGAGCCCCGCACCACACCGCCAGCUUCCCCCAAGAUAUCUGCACUGGCCCAGACCUCUCCCAAGAUGCCUCCUGCAAACGAGACAAAACUACCUGCUGCUCAGAAAGCAGAGGAGAAGAAAGCAGCGCAACCCCAGAAGGCCAAUAUCCCCCCAUCAGUACAUGCCAAAGUGGACAAACCCCCAUCAGAGCCUCCAAUGGGAGCAGCAUCCUCCCAACCAGCUCCCAAAGCAGGCCAAUCUACCUGUCCACUCUGCAAGGUGGAACUCAACAAGGGCUCCAAGGACCCUCCCAACUACAACACCUGCACAGAAUGCAAGAACACUGUCUGCAACCUCUGUGGAUUUAACCCCAUGCCACAUGAAACUGUAAAGGAAUGGCUCUGUCUGACCUGCCAGAUGCAGAGAGCACUUGGAGCAAUGGAACCCCCAGGACCUCCCAUGAUGAAAUCCCAACCCUUGCCCAGCAUAGUCUCUACACCUGUUGCACUUCAAAAGGAGAAUGUCACACCUGCUGCAUCUCAAAAGCCGACCCCAGCUCCAGCUAAACCCCAGAAGGAGGAGAUCCCUGUACCUGCGGCUGGCCAAAAAGAGAUCACUACACCCAGUGUGCCUCAGGAGACACCAAUUCCCGCUGGUACCCCAGCACCAAAUGCAGACAAAAAGGAGGAGACCCCACCACUAGGAUCCACACAAAAUAAACAGGCUUCACCUGCUGUGGCUGAGAAGGAGAAUGAAGAACCUAGAAUUGUACAGAAACCAGUGGACCAACCAAUUCCAGCCACACCCAAAACCAGUGGAGCUGUUGCAACUGUACAGCAGCAAGAAAAGCAAACUCCUGCUACAAAGGCAUCACAACAAGUACAGCCCCAGCAAGCUCCAAUGCCAGACCUCGAAACUGCUCCCCUAAAGGAGCCAAUGACUCCUGCUUCAGAGAAAGAGAAGAAGAACCUAGCACCAGGGUCACCACAGAAGGAGGUAUUUCCGGCAGUGGCUUCACAGCAGGACAAAACGCCAGUGGACAAAUCAACUCCAACCCCUGUCCAACAUCCUCCACACCAAGAGACUCCACAACAACAAGAGCAACAACCUCAGCCUCUAGCAGGGACACCGAAAGGAGAGCCCGGGAAGCCUCAACAACAGCUUCCAAAAGGUGGAGCCUCUCAUGCAAAAUCUGUACCACCACCACAGGCCCAGCCCACCAAGCAGGAGUCAGGAGGCUUCUUUGGCUUUGGUGGUGCUAAAUCUCAGCCUGCUCAGUCAAAGCCUGAAGACUCAGUGUCUGGGAAGAUGCUUGGCUUUGGCUCCUCUAUCUUCAGCUCGGCAUCCACUUUGAUCACCUCAGCUGUUCAGGAUGAGCACCGCACCACACCUCCAGCUUCCCCCAAGGUGUCUAUGACUCCUGCUUUAGUGAAAGAGACCCCAGCACCAGGCUCGUCACAGAAGAAGGAGGUAUCCCCGACAGUGGUUUGCCAGCAGGACCAGAAGUCAGUGGACAAACCGACUCCAACAGUAGUCCAACAACCUCCACAACAGAAGACUCUACAACAACAAGGACAGCCUCCGCAGCCCUCAGCAGAGGCUGCAAAAUCAGAGCCUGAUAUAUCAAUAAUUGAAGCUGCUAAAGCAGCAGACACUCAAAAUCCGGCAAGCCCAGUGCCUGCUCAGAAGGCUCCACUGGAGAACCGGAGAACAUCAGAACCUCAUAAACCACCACAGCAGCCCAUCCCUGGGCGUAGGGGAGAUUGUUCAGGACGAGCCCCGCACCACACCGCCAGCUUCCCCAAGAUAUCUGCACUGGCCCAGACCUCUCCCAAGAUGCCUCCUGCAAACGAGACAAAACUACCUGCUGCUCAGAAAGCAGAGGAGAAGAAAGCAGCGCAACCCCAGAAGGCCAAUAUCCCCCCAUCAGUACAUGCCAAAGUGGACAAACCCCCAUCAGCGCCUCCAAAGGGAGCAGCAUCCUCCCAACCAGCUCCCAAAGCAGGCCAAUCUACCUGUCCACUCUGCAAGGUGGAACUCAACAAGGGCUCCAAGGACCCUCCCAACUACAACACCUGCACAGAAUGCAAGAACACUGUCUGCAACCUCUGUGGAUUUAACCCCAUGCCACAUGAAACUGUAAAGGAAUGGCUCUGUCUGACCUGCCAGAUGCAGAGAGCACUUGGAGCAAUGGAACCCCCAGGACCUCCCAUGAUGAAAUCCCAACCCUUGCCCAGCAUAGUCUCUACACCUGUUGCACUUCAAAAGGAGAAUGUCACACCUGCUGCAUCUCAAAAGCCGACCCCAGCUCCAGCUAAACCCCAGAAGGAGGAGAUCCCUGUACCUGCGGCUGGCCAAAAAGAGAUCACUACACCCAGUGUGCCUCAGGAGACACCAAUUCCCGCUGGUACCCCAGCACCAAAUGCAGACAAAAAGGAGGAGACCCCACCACUAGGAUCCACACAAAAUAAACAGGCUUCACCUGCUGUGGCUGAGAAGGAGAAUGAAGAACCUAGAAUUGUACAGAAACCAGUGGACCAACCAAUUCCAGCCACACCCAAAACCAGUGGAGCUGUUGCAACUGUACAGCAGCAAGAAAAGCAAACUCCUGCUACAAAGGCAUCACAACAAGUACAGCCCCAGCAAGCUCCAAUGCCAGACCUCGAAACUGCUCCCCUAAAGGAGCCAAUGACUCCUGCUUCAGAGAAAGAGAAGAAGAACCUAGCACCAGGGUCACCACAGAAGGAGGUAUUUCCGGCAGUGGCUUCACAGCAGGACAAAACGCCAGUGGACAAAUCAACUCCAACCCCUGUCCAACAUCCUCCACACCAAGAGACUCCACAACAACAAGAGCAACAACCUCAGCCUCUAGCAGGGACACCGAAAGGAGAGCCCGGGAAGCCUCAACAACAGCUUCCAAAAGGUGGAGCCUCUCAUGCAAAAUCUGUACCACCACCACAGGCCCAGCCCACCAAGCAGGAGUCAGGAGGCUUCUUUGGCUUUGGUGGUGCUAAAUCUCAGCCUGCUCAGUCAAAGCCUGAAGACUCAGUGUCUGGGAAGAUGCUUGGCUUUGGCUCCUCUAUCUUCAGCUCGGCAUCCACUUUGAUCACCUCAGCUGUUCAGGAUGAGCACCGCACCACACCUCCAGCUUCCCCCAAGGUGUCUAUGACUCCUGCUUUAGUGAAAGAGACCCCAGCACCAGGCUCGUCACAGAAGAAGGAGGUAUCCCCGACAGUGGUUUGCCAGCAGGACCAGACGUCAGUGGACAAACCGACUCCAACAGUAGUCCAACAACCUCCACAACAGAAGACUCUACAACAACAAGGACAGCCUCCGCAGCCCUCAGCAGAGGCUGCAAAAUCAGAGCCUGAUAUAUCAAUAAUUGAAGCUGCUAAAGCAGCAGACACUCAAAAUCCGGCAAGCCCAGUGCCUGCUCAGAAGGCUCCACUGGAGAACCGGAGAACAUCAGAACCUCAUAAACCACCACAGCAGCCCAUCCCUGGGCGUAGGGAGAGUAGUGCCUUCCCAGCCACAAAGCAACCCCCCAAGCAGGAAUCAGGAGGCUUAUUUGGCUUUGGAGGUCCCAAAUCUCAGUCUGCCUCCUCAAAGCCCGAAGAGUCAGUGUCUGGGAAGAUGUUUGGCUUUGGCUCUUCCAUUUUCAGCUCUGCCUCCACUUUGAUAACCUCAGUUGUUCAGGACGAGCCCCGCACCACACCGCCAGCUUCCCCCAAGAUAUCUGCACUGGCCCAGACCUCUCCCAAGAUGCCUCCUGCAAACGAGACAAAACUACCUGCUGCUCAGAAAGCAGAGGAGAAGAAAGCAGCGCAACCCCAGAAGGCCAAUAUCCCCCCAUCAGUACAUGCCAAAGUGGACAAACCCCCAUCAGCGCCUCCAAAGGGAGCAGCAUCCUCCCAACCAGCUCCCAAAGCAGGCCAAUCUACCUGUCCACUCUGCAAGGUGGAACUCAACAAGGGCUCCAAGGACCCUCCCAACUACAACACCUGCACAGAAUGCAAGAACACUGUCUGCAACCUCUGUGGAUUUAACCCCAUGCCACAUGAAACUGUAAAGGAAUGGCUCUGUCUGACCUGCCAGAUGCAGAGAGCACUUGGAGCAAUGGAACCCCAGGACCUCCCAUGA